AUGACUUCCUGGGAGCCGCUCAACCCCGAGGCCGAAUCUGAAUUACACAAAGACCGUCUUCUUCUCGUCGAGCAACGGCCGUUCCAACGGAUACCGAAAUGUAUCUCACAACUGCCUUCGUUGAUCACGCCUCAGCCCAGUCUCCAGUCGCCGCGAACCGCGCAGCAAAUCAAGGAAGACUUCACCCUAGACUUUGCGCACUUUGACAGCUCCAUCUUGCGACUACAAUUCCUCCACGAGGCGAACGUACGGGAGAGAGGACGCUAUGCCGAGGACGAAGAGAGGAUCAAGAAGGAGUGCGACCAGGCGAGAGAGACAAAUGGCAUUCUGAGGGAACAGUUGGAGGGCGCGCGCGCGACACUAGCACAAAGAAAGAAAUUUGACGAGAUGGCCGAGAAAAUCACCUCGAAUCGUCUCCUGCGACCACGUGAGGAGCAGCUCGCGAAUCUACAGAAACUAGAGGAAGAGUGCCGUGAUCUGGAGAAGGAGAGUGAAACAUAUGCUGUCACAUGGCGAGAGCGUCGCGACCAGUUCAACAGGAUCAUGGACGAGGGCAUGAUGCUAAGAAGGCAGAUCCGCGACGAGAAGGAGGAGGUCGAUCGACGCGAGGGCAUGAACGAAGGGGCAGAUGAUGAAGGCGCCAAUACACCUCGACCAGAACAGGGCGGGACCAGCACACCGGGUCCUGAGAGUGACGGUCAAGCCAAAGAGGGGGGCGACACGCCCAUGCCAGCUGGGGCGUCCAACGCGCCUACACCUGCGGUGGAGGCCGGCAACAGUAGCAGCCACCUGCACCCUGGGGACGGUCAAUCUUUCCAGCACGGCAGUAGGCACGUUAGUCGCGAGCCCACGCCGUUACGGCAAGAAGUCGAGGAUGAAGAGAUGGACGAGCCCAAAGAAUCCGGCAACGCAACUGAGGUCGGAACACCGCGGGUUGCUGCUGAUCCUCCCAACGACAAGAUGGAGGUCGACUGA